AUGGACGUGUUUCCGGCGGAGAACCAAGUCGGUGGUUACGGCGACCAAGCUCUUCCGGCUGAAGAAACUGACAAAGACGACGAUGGAGUGGAUUUGUGCCGGAUUUGCCGAUCACCGGAGGUAUCAGACAACCCGUUGAGGUAUCCGUGUGCGUGUAGAGGCUCCAUCAAGUAUGUUCACCAGCAAUGUCUCCUUCUCUGGCUCAACCGCCGCGGAUACAAGCAGUGCGAGGUAUGUGGGCGUAGCUACUCCUUUGUCCCUGUUUAUUCGGAGAACGCACCAGAGAGGCUUCCAUGCCAUGAGUUUCUGAGAGGACUGUUGCUGAGAGCAUUGCGUGUGGUUGCUUGGGUUUUUGUGCUUCUCUUCAACGCCUAUUGCUAUUCCUUGCAUCCUUGGGGCCGAGAAACUGCGAUUGAAAACAAGAGAGUUUUUCGAGUGCCCGAGAAACUUGCUCCUCUCUUGGCCAGCUUCAUUUACGACUGGUUGAUUGCCAGUUUUAUCACAUUGAUUGUGAUGCUAAGGAUUAUUGUUCAAGAUCUCUUUGGGGCUCACGUAGAGAAUGGCCCAGUUCAUGGAGUUGUUGCUCGAGUUGCAUUUGUGUUGUGGAAAUACAUGCGGAUUCUGAGUGAUUGGUGGUAUGAUCAUCUCAUACGCCUUCGAUUCUUCGACGCCAUCAUGGUUGAUGUACCUCGUGAAGAAGUGGUUCGUCUUCGAAACGCACAGCUUCAUGAAUUUGGAGUAAUCAGGAGUUUUCUCUUCCUUCUUGAUGACAAUGCAUUUGCUGUUCUUGCCAUCAGCUUUCAUGUCUCAUUCUUCUUCGUUCUUCUUCCAUUUUUUAUGGGGAAACUUGUCGUCGCACUCCUACAAGUAUCUACGCAGCUUCUUUCAGGAUACUCACUUGGCCAAGAACCAGUCAUUGUUGGAUAUUUGACUAUGCUCUUACUUUCCUUUGCUUAUCUUGGAAGUUUUGCUACUCUGAGUCGAGACUCCAUUCAAGCCAUAGCCAGAGGACUAUCAAUGGGAUUUCUCUUCGUAGCAGAGGCACUCCCACUGUAUUUAUGGAUAACUUCAGUAAAAGUAUGGAAGAAUCUAUCGGUGGUUAAGGAUGGUGUCAUCUUGUGUUUGAAAAUUGGUGUUUUACCUUUGGCAAUUGGCUGCUGGUUCGAUUUUUGCACACUACCUAUACUCGGAACGCCAGUAUCCCAGAGGCUUGAGAUGAUUUCAGAAUAUCCUUUAGCCAUGAUCAUACAUUGGAUGCUCGGACAAAUUUGCUUGAUGUGGGCUUUCAAUUCCAUGGAGCUUAUCCAGAGGAUCCUUCGGAAACGACCCUUUUGGUUUCUCCUAGAUGUUGCCGAUCCCAACUACAAGAUCACUAAACUACGCAUUGGCCAGAUUCUAUUUGCGUUGGCUUUCCACGGGUCGAUGAUGGUGAUUGUGGCUCACUUACCAAUACUGACCAUCUCUCACAUCAGCCCCUCGUUUCUCCCCCUCCAACUCUGGAUCUAUGACGAAAGGAUUAUGUUUCGCUCAAUGGCUGCUUAUACAUGUUUAACGAGACUAGCACCUAUCGAGUGGUUUGCCGAGCUUAUUAAAGCUUCUGCAGAACCCAUAGUUCACAAGUGGAUUAUCACGGUCAGUUCUUGGCUCAAGUUGAGCGAGUUCUUGCUCGAAAACCAUGCAGAUCAGAAUGUGAGACCGUUGCAGCACCGUGAUGAUUGGUUUCUAGUGUCUUCCAUAGCCGAAGGCUCUGUAGUCUGUUUCUAUGGAUCCCAGAGUGAUACCACUUUUGAAGAGGAUAUUGACGACGACGAUAGGCUUAUAGCGAGGAUCGGACUGAUGUUAGUUCUAGCUGCUUUGAGCCUGUUUCUCAUUAGCACAAUCUCCAUGGUUUUGCCUAUUCUGUUGGGAAGGGUGUUCUUCCACUCUAUCACUUUCAUAACGUUCGGACUCAAAAACGACGAUCUUUAUGGUUUCUGUAUUGGAUGCUAUAUUCUGCGAGCUAUCUAUAUCACAACUUGCUUCGUAACUAACCAUAUCAUGAUUGGAAGAACCGAUUUGCUUCUCAACUUUGUUCUGUUGUGGAUACGGAAUGCUUUACUGUUCUCCAUCUGGAUCUCUCUCAUACCAACAUUGCUCGGUCUCCUUAUUGACCUUAUGAUCAUCAUCCCAUUACAAGUGCCACUAAGCGAAUCACCGGUUUACUCACUGCUCCUAGAUUGGUUGAUCGGAUUAGUGGUCCUUCACAUCUGGACCUGUCUAACUAUGUUUACGCGUAUCAACUGUUUCGCAACUGUGGCGUGGCGGGAGAAGCUCGAGAGAAUUAGAACUAUCGGAAUCAACAGGCUUCCCUCUACGUGGCUUCUUCGAGAUGUCAUAUGUUCGAUCAUAGUCACUCUUUCAACCACUCUCGGCUUCCCAUACUUGGUGGCGUACUAUCUGUUCCCAUGGCUUGGAUUUUCUGGUGCAGUCAACUUAGCCGUGCAGAGGCUCAUAUGGCCGGUGUUAUUAGCCAUCAUCAUCUUAGGGUUCGUAGCCAAGCUCACCCUCGACCUCUUCAUUUAUAUUCACCGAGUGGAAUACAAUGAUCGGUAUAUGGUGGGCGACAGAGUGGCUGAUUUCACUGAAGAUCUCCAGUAAGGGAUCAUCAACUCAGGACUAUGACACCGUGGACGGAUUUUGCAUAGACAAACUCUUUCGAUUUUAGACUUUUCUCAGAUUUCCUUUGCUAUAUCUUUAUUCUCUUGAAUCUUGUUUAAAUGUCAUCAUCAUCUUUUGGCAAUUAUCAGGUUAAAAACUAAUUUUGUCAGGUCAAUGAAUUUUG